AUGUCAAGCAGGUACCACAAAGCAGCGACUGAUGGCAAUGUGGACCUGCUGAAAGAGGCCACUAAGAAAGACCUCAAUGCUUCUGAUGAAGAUGGGAUGACCCCCACCCUCCUGGCAGCCUACCACGGGUACCUGGAGGCUCUGGAAGUCAUUUGCCGAAGGGGGGGUGAUCCAGACAAGUGUGACAUCUGGGGGAACACACCCCUGCACCACGCUGCCUGCAAUGGUCACAUCCACUGUGUCUCUUUUUUGGUCAACUUUGGUGCCAACAUCUUUGCUCUGGACAACGACCUGCACACUCCCCUGGAGGCAGCUGCCAAUAGGGACCGCAAGGAAUGUGUCCAGAUCCUGGACAAAGCUGCCACUGAGCAGAACUUGCUGAACCCUAAGAAGGUCUCCAAGCAAAAGGCACAGGCCCAGAGGAACGUCGAGAGACAAAUCAAGGAAUGUGAAAAGCGCCAAGAGAAACACCAAUAUGAAAUGAACCGGAAUUACAUCAAAGAAAAGGUUGGCACAGUGAAUUCUUCCAGAGGAACGCACUCCAGGGUCAAGUUGCCCGGUCUAUUUGCUUCAAAUACCACAAGUACUUUAACCAAAAACCUGAAAGAUACCAUGAAACUCAAGACAAAAAAGACAGCCAACAGCACAAGAAGGCAGGAAACACAAAGAAAUUACCAAGAGGAUGAUAUGGGUAGGAGAAGUGUGAUGCAUUUGUUUGAUGAGAAAGAGGAGGAUGAAUUACUGAAUGACCUUGAAGAGAAAAACCUUGCUGGUAAUGACAGUCAGCUCUCCAUUUUUCAGCGGCCAGGUCUUGGCAAGAUUGUGUUUGGAAGGAAUUUGGCUGCAGAGGUAAAUCCUGAAGCUGUGUCUUUUGAGAAAGAAGGUAUAAGAGUUACAAUGGCUAGUGAGCUCUUCCAAUAUGAAAAUGCUGAGAAUGGCAGGGAAGGUGAUGCUGAAAACAGUGCUGAUGUCCCUUGGAAAGAGGAAGUCAUUUGGGAUGAUGAGGAAGCAGAGAAUACACCCCUUGAGGUAUUUCUGGCAUCACAGAUGCUGGAUGAGUUCCUUCCAGUCUUUAUGAGGGAAAAAAUUGAUUUAGAUGCCCUGAUGCUGUGUUCUGAUGAAGAUCUACAGAGCAUUCAGAUGGAGCUUGGGCCAAGAAAGAAAGUCCUGAAUGCUGUGAAUAAAAGAAAACAGGCACUUGAGAACCCUGGAAAAACUGUAGAUACUUGCUUGUAA